GCAAGACUACUUACAGUUCCUUCUUCUUCUUCUUACCUCACGACCUGAUUCCAUCGGCGAUUGAAAAUUCACGAUGAGUAGCGAGAAUGAAGAAGCCGGCCGCCGCCGUAUUGUAGUCACUGAGUAUCGCAAAAAGCUUCUCCAGCAUAAGGAACUCGAAUCCAGAGUCCGUGGAGUUAGGGACAGUUUAAGAGGGGUGAAAAAGGAAUUUGCUAAAACAGAAGAUGAUCUGAAGUCUCUUCAAAGUGUUGGACAAAUCAUUGGCGAAGUCCUAAGGCCUCUUGAUAAUGAACGACUGAUAGUGAAAGCUAGUAGUGGACCUAGGUAUGUCGUUGGUUGCCGUAGUAAAGUGGACAAGGAGAAGCUAACUUCAGGGACGAGAGUUGUCCUUGAUAUGACUACUCUCACAAUUAUGCGAGCUCUUCCUCGUGAGGUUGAUCCUGUAGUAUACAACAUGCUUCAUGAAGAUCCAGGUAAUAUUAGCUACUCUGCAGUUGGAGGGCUUUCUGAUCAGAUCAGAGAGCUAAGGGAAUCUAUUGAACUGCCUUUGAUGAACCCUGAACUCUUCAUCAGAGUUGGGAUCAAGCCUCCAAAGGGUGUGCUUCUGUAUGGGCCUCCUGGAACAGGGAAGACAUUGUUAGCAAGAGCAAUAGCAAGCAACAUCGAUGCCAGCUUUCUUAAGGUCGUGUCAAGUGCCAUCAUCGACAAAUACAUUGGGGAGAGUGCUAGAUUGAUUCGAGAAAUGUUUAACUAUGCGCGUGAGCACCAACCCUGCAUCAUCUUCAUGGAUGAAAUUGAUGCCAUUGGUGGACGCCGUUUUAGUGAAGGAACAAGUGCUGAUCGUGAAAUUCAAAGAACUCUUAUGGAAUUGCUUAACCAGCUUGAUGGUUUUGAUCAACUUGGGAAGGUGAAAAUGAUAAUGGCGACAAACAGGCCAGAUGUUCUGGAUCCUGCACUUCUUAGGCCUGGUAGACUUGAUAGGAAGAUUGAGAUUCCUUUGCCAAACGAACAGUCGAGAAUGGAGAUUCUCAAGAUUCAUGCUGCUGGAAUCGCUAAACAUGGUGAAAUUGAUUACGAGGCAGUUGUUAAGCUUGCUGAGGGAUUUAACGGGGCUGAUCUUCGAAAUGUAUGCACUGAGGCUGGUAUGUCUGCCAUAAGAGCUGAGCGUGAUUAUGUCAUCCAUGAGGAUUUCAUGAAGGCCGUCCGGAAGCUGAAUGAAGCCAAGAAACUUGAAUCAAGUGCUCAUUACAAUGCUGAUUUUGGUAAAGAUUAGAAGUGAUUUAUAUUAUUCAUAGAGAAACAGCUCCAGUUGGUGUGGUUUGGUUUGGUCUGAAGUUGAAAAAGCAAAAUCUCGACAAGAUUCCUAACCUUUUUCUUUAUAUUAGUUGUUCAAGAAUCGAAAAACUAUUUUCCCCUCUUGUUUGUUUCUGAUUUUCAUUUUAAACAUGUAAUGAAUCAAAUCAAAUCACUUUCAUGAAUUUUAAAUGUUAUUUAUCCAAAUCAAAUUAGAAGAAAGGAUUCAAUUAUUUAUGAAA